AUUCUGUUUCCUGGUGUUAGAACCCAGGUCGUUCUUAAGAGCUCUCACUCAGGCCUAGCAGUCAACCAUGCCACUGGAUAGACUUCUUGGCUGGCUGGGCACUGUGGUCUGCGGACUCCUGCUUCUCUUCUGCCACGGGCAGGGCCAGGACUCAAGGAGCCCCAUCAGGAACACACACAUGGGCCAGGUGAGAGGGAGCCUGGUCCAUGUGAAAGACACUGAAGCUGGUGUCCACACCUUCCUGGGAAUUCCCUUUGCCAAGCCUCCUGUAGGAGCACUGCGCUUUGCACCUCCUGAGGCCCCUGAGCCAUGGAGUGGUGUGAGAGAUGGGACCUCCCACCCAGCCAUGUGCCUACAAGAUAUUGACAGCCUGAAUUUAGAAAAUCUGAAGAUUAAAAUGGGCACUUCUCCUGUCUCUAUGUCUGAGGACUGCCUGUACCUCAGUGUCUAUACACCAGCCCAUGCCCAUGAGGGCUCUAAGCUGCCUGUGAUGGUGUGGAUCCAUGGUGGUGGGCUAAUUUGGGGCAUGGCUUCUACGUAUGAUGGAUCCAUGCUGGCAGCCCUGGAGGAUGUGGUGGUGGUCACUAUCCAGUACCGUCUGGGUAUCCUGGGCUUCUUCAGCACCGGAGACCAGCACGCCAGAGGCAACUGGGGCUACCUGGACCAAGUGGCUGCCCUACACUGGGUCCAGCAGAACAUCGCCCACUUUGGAGGAGAUCCAGACCGUGUCACUAUUUUUGGUGAAUCAGCAGGUGGCACAAGUGUGUCUUCACUUGUUGUGUCCCCCAUGUCCAAAGGACUCAUCCACAGAGCCAUCAUGCAGAGUGGAGUGGCCCUGCUGCCUAGCCUUAUCUCUGACACCUCUGAGGUGGUCUACACAAUGGUGGCCAACCUAUCUGGAUGUGAGCCUGUGGAGUCAGAGGCCUUGAUGCGCUGCCUGAGAGAGAAGAGUGAAGAGGAGAUUCUGGCUAUUAACAAUGUCUUCAAAAACACCCCUGGUGUGGUAGAUGGGGAGUUCUUACCCAGGCACCCCUUGGAGUUGUUGGCCUCUGCGGAUUUUCACCCUGUCCCCAGCAUCAUUGGUAUCAACAGUGAUGAGUAUGGUUGGAUCAUCCCCAUGAUACUCCGUAAUCACAACAUGAAGGAAAUGAACAGAGAGACCAUGCGGACUCUUCUGAAGAGCACAGCAGAGACGAUGUUGCUUCCUGACUGUAGUGAUCUGUUGAUGGAAGAGUACAUGGGAGACACUGAGGACCCCCAGACUCUCCAAAUACAGUUCAAUGAGAUGAUGGCGGACUUCAUGUUUGCGAUCCCUGCACUCCAAGUAGCACACUUUCAGCGUUCCCACGCUCCUGUCUAUUUUUAUGAGUUCCAACAUCAGUCCAGCUUCCUCAAGGAUAUCAGGCCACCUCAUGUGAAGGCUGACCACGGGGAUGAGCUUGCUUAUGUGCCUGGAUCCCUCUUCUGGGACAUCAAGUUAGAAUUCACUGAGGAGGAGAAGAUGCUAAGCAGGAAGAUGAUGAAGUACUGGGCCAACUUUGCACGGCAUGGGAACCCCAACAGCGAGGGUCUACCCUACUGGCCCAUGUUGGACCAUGAGGAGCAGUACCUGCAGCUGGACAUCCAUCCUGCUGUGGGCCGAGCCCUGAAGGCCAGCAGGCUGCAGUUCUGGACCAAGACUCUGCCCCAGAAGAUCCAGGAGCUGAAGGGAGUCCAGGAGAAGCAUGCAGAGUUGUAGUGCCCUGUGUCAGGAAAGACAUGUUGGGGGUGAGGGCAAGUGGGACCAUUCAGAGGUUACAAGGUCAAUUUGUUGAUUUGUAUUUGUUCCAGCACUCACAGAAGCACUUCUAACCAUAGCAUUUGCCCUUUCAAAUGUGUUUAUCAGGCAAGGAUAACUUUUGUUAGAG